GAAUACAGGGUCGACAACCCUGGUCAGAAACUCACAAGCAUGAUUGUUUUCACUGGACGAGAUUAACGAUUCAAAUCCCUAACAUCAACAAAUUUUACAACUUGUCCUUCUCACCCAAAUUCUCACAGCCGCCCGCUACCCACCCUCGGCCUCUCUUCAGAGUUCAGAGCAAACAAUUUUCGCCCUUUUCUAUUUUCUUCAUUCGAGCGUCCCUUCUCCUCCACUGAAAACCUUACUACCCGUUGCACACAAACUCCCCCGCCGCCGUCACCCAACCCCUACGAGAAACCUUUGCCACCGGACGAAACUCGCCACCGCACGCUUCUAUCCACUUCUCCACCGCCGUGCUCUCCGCUUCCCAUUUGCCGCUGCCUGCCCUUCGUAGCAACAGCGCCAGAAAGUGGGACUGUUGGUUUGGGUCGCGUCGAAUUGGGUGAUUGUAAACAGCGACACCUCCAGGAAGAGCUUGCCAGCCACGAUAUGUCACUUCGGGCUCCUCCUUCGUCCACCUCUUCUUCCUGUUCUCUUUUUCCCCUAUGUCCUGGUCUGCAUUCUGCUUCCCGCGCUAGGCUGCCACUUUCCGUCGCCUUUCCUACAAGAAUUGUCCGCUGCAGCCUAUUGCAAGAUCAAGUCUCCGUUAAUGGCGGAGCUGGGUCUAGAGUCUCUGACCGGAAUGAGCUUCGACUUGGCUUGCCUAGCAAAGGACGGAUGGCCGACGACACUCUUGAUCUCCUUAAGGACUGUCAACUAUCUGUCAGAAAGGUUAAUCCUCGACAAUAUGUUGCGGACAUUCCUCAGCUGUCCAACUUGGAAGUCUGGUUCCAGCGACCCAAAGACAUUGUUAGAAAGUUGUUAUCUGGAGAUUUGGACCUUGGAAUUGUGGGCCUUGAUAUAGUCAGUGAAUAUGGCCAGGGAAGUGAAGAUCUUAUCCUUGUUCACGAUUCUCUUAAUUUUGGGGAUUGCCAUUUAUCGAUAGCUAUACCAAAAUAUGGCAUCUUUGAAAACAUAAAUUCCAUGGAUGAGCUGGCUCGAAUGCCUCAGUGGACAGCUGAGAAACCUCUACGAGUUGCAACUGGAUUUACUUAUCUAGGACCUAAGUUUAUGAGGGAAAAGGGACUGAAGCAUGUGGUUUUUUCAACUGCUGAUGGAGCCUUAGAAGCAGCACCAGCGAUGGGUAUAGCUGAUGCAAUUUUAGACCUUGUCAGUAGUGGGACAACCCUCAGGGAAAAUAACCUGAAAGAAAUCGAAGGUGGAGUUGUAUUGGAGAGUCAGACUGUUCUUGUUGCAAGCAAGAAAUCAUUAGUGCACCGGAAAGGCUUGUUGGACACAACACAUGAGAUCAUUGAAAGAUUGGAGGCACAUUUGAGGGCUGUUGGUCAAUUCACGGUGGUUGCAAACAUGAGAGGAAAUAGUCCCGAUGAAGUGGCUGAGCGAGUACUGAGUCAGCCAUCUUUGGCUGGCCUGCAGGGGCCUACUGUAAGUCCAGUUUUCUGCAAACGUGAUGGAGAAGUUGUGGUUGACUAUUAUGCCAUAGUCAUUUGUGUACCAAAGAAGGAAUUGUACAAGUCUGUGCAGCAACUUAGAGCGAUUGGAGGCAGUGGUGUUCUGGUUUCUCCUCUGACUUACAUAUUCGACGAGGAGACCCCUAGAUGGCAGGAACUUCUCGGCAAACUUGGCCUAUAAAAAUCGAUGCUCUCUUUGCUCAGCGUCUCAUCCUCUUCCAGUACAUUUCUGUUCCUUCAGUAACCUGCAGGCUUCCAGACUCCAGGUACACGCACCUUGAUUAAGGCCGGUCUACAAUUAGAGAUGAUUGAGAAGCAUGAAAGAAAAGGAAGGACCCUGCCCUGCAUCAUUGAGCUCCAGCAAGCAAGUGCAUAAGCAAAUUCGGGAAGUAAUUUUUCCGUGUAGUAUUUUUGUGUUGUGAUUUAGUUAUUUAAUGUAGGCAAUGGUCCCAAUUCUGGAUUUUGACCUUGUUUCUGCAUUUCUGGGUUUUGGUUUCUCUUCUCCUUUUAAUUCUUGGGAAAGAGUCAAAGUGCUGAACUUUGUCGUGUGUCGAAUCUGUUGACUUAUCUAGAACUUCAUAGUCCUUCGGUAACUUCAUCGUUAUGUUUUGGUUAUGACGAGGGAUCUUCCACCAUAACUAUG